UAUUCUAAUGAUAAGCUCUCAUUUGGAAGAAAAUGCAUGUCAAGAAUCAUUAGGGGAAAAAAAAAAUAAUAAUAUUAUGUACAAGAGAAGUUCUGUACAAGCUCAAGAUCAUGUCAUUGCGGAGAGGAAACGAAGAAAAAAAAUGGGCGAGCUUUUCAUAUCUUUGUCAAAGAUUGUCCCUGGUCUAAAGAAGUUAGACAAGUCUUCUAUCCUUGGAGAUACUAUACAGUACAUGAAAGAACUUCAAGAACAGGUAAAACUACUUGAAGAGACAGAGAAAAACACCUGCGAAAAUAAUGAUUCCUCUACCUCCAAGGACCAAGUUGAAGGAUCAAAGAUUAAGGCAAGGAUUUUGGACAAAAGUGUACUUAUUAACAUCCAUUGCAGCAAACAAGAUGGAAUGGUGGGAAAAGUGUUAUUCCAAAUGGAGCAAUUGCAUCUUUCAGUCCAUGACAUUAGGAUCAUGCCUUUUGGUCAGACCAACCUUGAAAUAUCAAUUCUUGCUGAGAUGGAAAAUGGAUGUUGUAUAACUGUGGAGGAUAUUGUAAAGGACCUCCAAAUCAACCUUCUGGAAAAAGUUUAGCAUGAAUGAUCUCUCCUCCUGAUCUUCUCUAGGUUACCUUUUCCCUUGUUGCCCUAGACCUCGUAAAUAAUAAAACGAUACGUUUUUAAUUACCUAUGUGUAUAAUUAAUUGAGAGCUCUUUUCGAGAUUGUGUGA